GUUCUCCUGGCAGCCAUCAUGAAGGGUACGAUCUCACUCUGCUGCUUCCUCUCCCUGCUGCUACUGCAGGCCACCGCAGAUGAAGAAGAAGACUUCGCCUCCGUCCUCAGAGACAGAUCUCACAUCGACGAGACGCUGCGACUCGCCGCCGAGGAUAAAUCGGGGGACUAUGCAGCGGCGCUCCAGAGGUUACGGAAGAUCUACCACACGUCCAUCAAGCCCAUGGAGCAGGCCUACAAGUACAAUGAGCUGAGGCAGCACGAGAUCUCAGCCUACCCUGGACGAACCCUGGGGGAGUCAAACACAGAUGGAGAAAUUACCUCCAAGCCCAUGGUUCUGUUCCUGGGACCCUGGAGCGUAGGGAAGUCCUCCAUGAUCAACUACCUCCUGGGCCUGAACGACAGCCCCUAUCAGCUCUACACAGGAGCUGAGCCCACUACCUCUGAGUUCACUGUGAUCAUGCACGGAGAGAAGAUCCGCUCGGUCGAGGGCAUCGUCAUGGCCGCCGACAGCUCUCGCUCCUUCUCGCCUUUGGAGAAGUUCGGGCAGAAUUUCCUGGAGAAGUUGAUCGGAAUCGAGAUGCCACACAAACUGCUGGAGCGAGUGACGUUCGUGGACACGCCUGGAAUUAUCGAGAACAGGAAGCAGCAGGAGCGAGGAUACCCUUUCAACGAUGUGUGCCAGUGGUUCAUCGACCGGGCCGACCUGAUCUUCGUGGUGUUCGACCCCACCAAGCUGGACGUGGGUCUGGAGCUGGAGAUGCUUUUCCGACAGCUGAAGGGGCGCGAGUCUCAGAUCCGCAUCAUCCUGAACAAGGCCGACAACUUGGCCACGCAGGACCUGAUGAGAGUCUACGGCGCCCUCUUCUGGAGCUUAGCUCCACUCAUCAACGUGACAGAACCUCCUCGCGUCUACGUCAGCUCCUUCUGGCCAUACGACUACGCGCCCGACACCAGCAGGGAGCUCUUUAAGCGUGAGGAGAUCUCCCUCCUGGAAGAUCUUAACCAGGUGAUCGAGAACCGCAUGGAGAACAAGAUCGCCUUCAUCCGUCAGCACGGCAUCCGCGUGCGAAUCCACGGCCUGCUCGUGGAUCGCUACGUCCAGACCUUCAAGGAGAAGAUGAGCUUCUUCAGCGACCCCGAACUGGUCUUCAAGGAGAUCGUGGAUGACCCCGACAAGUUCUACAUUUUCAAAUCCAUUCUCGCCAAGACCAACGUCAGCAAGUUCGACCUUCCCAACCGCGACGCCUACCGCGACUUCUUCGGCAUCAAUCCCAUCGCUAACUUCAAGCCGCUGGCCUCGCAGUGCUCCUACAUCGGAGGCUGCCUGCUGGACAAGAUCGAGAGGGCCAUCACCAAUGAGCUGCCCGCCCUCUUGAGCAGCAUAAACUCCGGGAAGCAGCCCGGCCUGUCCUCGUGCGAAGUCACCGGCUGCGGCGAGAAGCCCAAAAAUCGCUACAGAAAGAACUGAGGAUCACAAUAACUUGAGUAGAUGGAAGUGAGGAGACGGAGGCUCUGAUCUAGGGCAGCCAUGCUUUUGUCAGACGGCCUGUAUUAUUGAGAAGACAAAAGAAAGGAUAUUAGUGUUUUUUUUAUCCUCAGGAGAAUUUAGGAGGUGCAUUCAAGGACUGUGGGAUGAGCCAGACAGAGGGAGGGAAGGGCCAUUGUUUGGUACGGCAGCUUAAGGAGAGUGAAUGAGAGUGCUUUGAUCACAGAUGAAUCCACGCCCUUCUCUUCCUCUCGCUCCAUCACAGUGGACUGUUGGGGAUUUGGGGGAAUCAUUGAAGCAGAGAAAUUUUAAAAGAGUAGUCGCAGUAUUUGAAAAUCUACCACCAGCUCCCAUGUAUGUGAAUAAAGCAGGAACGUUGAAACCGGUGUUGCCACUUUCUGUCACAUCAUCCGCUCUCCUUUGGUACCUGUUGUUUUUCACUCCACAUUUUUUGAGGAAAUGACACCCUGCAUGUGCAGCUAUUGACGUUGUCGAAGUGCCCAAACCUUCCAAUAUAGUUUGUGUCGAUGCAUUUUGGUUGUUGUCGACUCGCGGCGGAGGUCAGGGUUCAAGAGUGUUUUUGAGUUUUGAGGAAGGUUUGAAUCUCUACAGCUCCUCGUCUUUUUGUGAGGCCAUUUUUUUCUGCAGGUUAGAAAGAUAUUUUUAACAUGAUUAUUUAUAAUUUUAUUGUUAGCUUUUGGCGUGUACAAUGACCCAAGAUGUGUUCAGGAACCCUGUCAGAAUCAGUAGCGUUCAACUGCACUAAUCCAAGUCAUAUUACGAGUGUCUAUGUUGCAGUGCGUUAUGGGGCCUGCAGUAUGAGUGGUGGGAGUGCUUCUGCUGGAGGACAGUUAGAAUGAUAUUGCAACAUUUUAUAUUUUUUCAUAUCUCAAUUGACCGUCCACACUUUUCCCUCUACUUAAAGGAGGUUGGGUCGUGGGGGCAGCUUCCAAAGCAAAGUGAUCCAAGCCACCUUCGACCCAGAAACCUCUAACUAUAGAGGAAGUUUUCAAUAUGAUAUGAUUGAAUAUGGGUCGAGAGUAAGAGUUUAGCCUUUUGGCUCAGCUCUUCUCUCACGCAAUGAUCCAUUUUACAGGAUGAAUUUAUGAUCAGUUUAUGAUUAAAUUUGGGCCACAUUCUAAUAAAAAAAAAAUAAUUCUAAUUUCUAAAUAAUUUAUUCACAAUAUGAAAUCGAUUGAAAAGUGGCAUACAUGAAUCACACAGCAAGCGAAUAUUUAUGAAGGAUGCAUUGUGUCAACGUUUUAGGGGAUAAGGCCGAAUAUGAAUUGACCCUUGACCUCUGUAAGUGCGCAAACAAUGGAACCCUCAUGCAAUGAGUUGUCAUUCAUUGUGUCAUUGUUCUUAUGACAGCCUACCUCAGUUUUUUUUUUUUCGAAAAUGAGAAAUGCCUCUCUGACUUACUAUCAAUCUGACCUAAGGCCCAUGUGACAGAUGGGAUGUUUACUGAGGGAGUGUUUAAGUCACGACUUACAGGCGUGAAUCAAUGAAACAUCGGCUUUUGCCCUCAUACCGACCCAACUUUGACUCUAAAAGAAUGGUAAGGUAGGUGUAAUGAUCCCGAGCACUUCCUCUCUGCUCCAUCCAGCUCCCCCCUGAACUGAAUCAACACACCGAUGAAAUAAGCUUAGUAUGUUUACACUGCAAUUUCACAACAGGCCACUAGAGAGUGCUGUGUAAAUGUGUAAAGACUAACACUCACGCAAGUUAUUUUGGUGUUUGUUUGUUGUUUCUUCCAAAAAAAUAAAUUCAUGCAUUUAUUCGUGGAAUGGAUGUUUGGCGUUUAAGCUGAUUUUUGUCUCAGUUGUGUUUCGAUUGUUAAUUUAAUUUCAGGCCAC